GUCAGUUACGAAUGUUUUCUAAGCGUUUUUGUAUUUUGUCUGUCUCUUGCUUUAUUCGCUUCUGUUACUUAUUCUUUAUGUUUGUCUUUGUAUGGUAAACGACGGAAGUGUCGUCGCACACCGCAAUUCUCGUGGAAAGAUGGUUUGAAGUGUUUUGAAGUGUUGUUGAUGGAAACUCAUAUCGAACAUAGCUGUGGGAAAAUAAACGUCUCUGAUGUACGUACAUUAGUAACGUAUUGCGAUGGUAGAGAUACAAGAACUGAACGUAUUGUACGUGGCAAUAUGUUAAAGUCCCCUCGUGAGAGGAAAGAGUAAUAGACGAUAACAAAGAGGAACUGACAGCGCCAAACAAAACGAUAGUAGUAGAGGAGGGAUGAUAGAAAACCCAAAGGCGUGGAAGGAAGUUGAAUAACCACUGAAACAGGUCUAGGCCAAUGAUAACAGGCAGUUUUUUUUAACAUCUAGACGCAUGCGAUUUACACGACAUAAGAGUGCCAUACGGUGUUCAGUAUUUCUGUAUAGUGUUUUCGCUUAGCAGCCAUUGAAGUAUGGUUCUGAGUGAUACGCAGGCAGUUGUGGUUGUUAUUGUGCUGUGAACAUGGGGGUGGAUACUUUGUGCCUUCUUGGACAGUAAAAUUUCAAGAAUCUUAAGUGGUUGUCAUGGAAGAGGACUCAAAAACCACCGAGUGGGCUUUAUUGUUCCCACUCAAAGCGGGAUUAUUUGCUUUCAAAUCGUCCACAGUUGUUAACCAUUCAGAUCCUAAUUCCGAUGUAUCAAGCAGCAAAGACACGAAGAUCCUCCAAAGAGAUUGUCUUGAUGACGGGAAAUUGGAAGAUUCAUUUUGUACUAUUUCCAAUCCCGCCAGCUCCAGGAUGAAGAUGAGACGUCGGUCAAGCAUGUCGGAUAUUGAUAAAUUUACGUCUUCAGUCGGACUUCUUCCUGAUCUUGUUCGGUACACUGGUGGCAGCAAUACUGCCAGUGGUUACCAUCUUCGUGUCGGUGGAGACGGGUACGAUUCAGUGCCUCAUAGUCCAGGAACGUCUAGGAGGAGCAAUACUCCUGACAUCGGAGCUUGCGGAAGUAUCGGUGAUCUGAUGAACAUGAAACGUUACGGAGGGAGUUCGUGGAGCGUAAGAAGUUGUACGGAGACAAUUAUUGCCAAAACUGUUCCUCUCUCGACGGUGACUCCCAGAGGCAGCGCUCCGCCAAGCCCGUUACAAGAUCAUAAACAACACCCAGAACUACCGAGAAUUGAUUCCAGAGAAGUUGAGCUGUCGUCAUCCUCCGAAGAUGUGGAAUAUGAUGGGGAUGAGGAGGAUUCAGGGCCUCCACCGAAACUCACCUGCUCGCAGAGAACGGAACGCUUGUCCCGUCUUAUCCGGCAGCAAAGAGGGUCCAUCUUUGUACACACUUCCAAAACGAAGUCCAACUAACUCCUUGGAUUGGAACUGAAAAUGGACCGGGCCGAUUUGGCGGCAACGGGGGUGUAUAGGUACCCUGCGAUGGCUAACAGGCGUCACGAGAGAAACCAACUUAGAGAAGAGUCGAGUUCGGAAAGAUCAAUAGGGGGUGUUUGCGCUGGCUGUAGCGCGCAGGUUACCCCUGCCAAGCACGUUGCCCGCCCGCCAUCGUUCAGUCCAAGCUUGGCCGGGCGUCCAAGCCUCAACAGGAUGUUCGUGUCCAACCACCUAAAAUACUGCUAGUACUCCUCUUACAAAUACUGUGUAUGGGACGAAGCAGACUUCGUUAUUUAUCAGCUCUUACAUUCUGUGUGUCUUUACCGUGUGACAAGUGUGUCCUACUACAUUUAAAAGUGUGUGAUUUAAAUAAGAAGAAAAAUAAGUUGUAUUUUCACCAUUAAAUUUAAUGUAUAAAUUAAAUAUUAUACGAGUAUAAUAUAUCGUUCUUAGAAUAAAUUAAUUUAUUCGUUCAAUUUCUGGGCCUAAACAUAAAUCGAUUUCGUGUUAAUAUCCACAUAUUUUGACACCUCUGUAAAGAUCUCUGUUCGUCGUGUAAAGAUACAUAGCUUUUUAAUAUUUAAAACCAGCUCCUAUUAAAUUAAUCAUUUCUGUGAAUUAUAUUCUUGCAAAAUAAAGUCGCCAAAUGUUUAUGUGUUCUCAAAGUUGUCGGUGUUAAUUAAUUUAAGUGAUCGUGAACCAAGUGGAAUGUGGAUUGUCCGUUUUUAACUCCCGGCACAAAUAUUUUCGUCAUUAAUAACAAGAGGAAAAUACGAAAUUUGUAUUUUAUAUGAGAAAACUGCUGGGUAUACAAGAACCUGCAAAAGUGGUUAUAAUUUUGGUGAAUACACAAGGCUGAAAAGAAUAUUCUGACAGGAAACUGUCGAUUCUUCCGUGGGCAUGCAACAGCCGAUGCUGGAAACAGAACAUUUCCUUAAAAAAAUUAAAAAAUGUCGACGAAAUGUCAGUCAUAACGCAUAUCAAUUUAUGUUCGCAGUUUUCCGUAAAAAAAUGUUGAAGAGAGAUUCUUUCAGUUCUUUAUUUUUUAAAUACUAAAUAACAGAGAAGAAUACAGCACUAGAAGAUUUAUUUUUCCCUGCUCUAUGAUAAGUGAAAAUAUGUUUACUAUUGAUGUUGGUGUGGAGGAA